AAAAAAAAUGGGGAGGAAAAAUGGAGCAAAAAAUGCAAAAGGGAUGAAAACUUGAGGAGAAAGAUUGUUUUGUUAUAGAGUGGUAGGCGCACUAUAGCUUGCUAGCUAGCAGACAUAAGGGUCCCCUUAACCAUCACUCCCCUUCCACCAUCCACCACCCUCAUCAAAAUCCCCCCCUAUUUUUUGCUCCUAAAAAGUAAAAACAUUACAGUUUUUCUUCCCCUCUCCACUCUUUUAUAAUAGUUAAUAUUCCUUCACUCCUUUCUUUUGUUUCUCUCGUUUUCUAAUCAUGGACCAAACUCUAGGCUUACUUGGUAGUGGUGGUGGAGGUGGUGGUGGUCCUGGUGGUGGUGCUGUUGCUGGUGGUGGUGGUGGUGGUUUGUCUGAUGAGAGUGUAUCAACAAAACUGGAAAGGAACUAUAUGGGCAUUUCUUCAGAGGGAUCAUCAUCUUAUGAGAAUGAAGCUGAAAUUGAGUUAGGUUUGGGAUUGAGUCUUAAUAGCAGUAAAAGGCAUUGUUCUGAUAAUAAUGUGAGGAUAUUGACAGCAAAAGAUUUGCCUAAUGGUCUUUUUGGCACCAAAAGAGCUGCUGCUGAUUCUGUUAGUAGACCAGCUGAGAAUGCCAAUUCUUCUACAGGAAUCAGCCAAGUAGUGGGAUGGCCACCAUUAAGAGCUUACAGGAUCAACAGCUUGGUAAACCAAUCAAAGAUGAAUAAUAACGGCGGGAACGAAAAGAAGGAGAAUUUGAAGAAAAAGACCAACUAUGGCAACCAGAAGAAGAAGAAUGAUGAGGAUGGUACAAAGGAGAAAGGUGGUUAUUUGGGGUUCAUAAAAGUGAAUGUGGAUGGAAUCCCAAUUGGAAGAAAAGUGGAUCUGAGUGCUCAUACUUGUUAUGAGUCAUUAGCUGAAUCAUUGGCUGACAUGUUCUUCAAUUCUAUUCCAACAAUUGGUGGUGGAAAGGAACAAUCUAGACAAACCCUGAAUCUUUUGGAUGAAUCAUCUGAGUUUGUACUCACAUACGAGGAUAAAGAAGGAGAUUGGAUGCUUGUUGGAGAUGUUCCAUGGAGGAUGUUUCUUUGCACUGCCAAAAGGCUGAGGAUUAUGAGGAACUCAGAAUCUAAUGGAAUUUCUCCAAAUAUUCCAAAAAAGGCGUGAUAUCUAGAGAUGAAGAAGAAACACAAGUCCCAUACUACAGAUAGGAGUAAUGGAGAUUAAACCUACAAAGCUCAAAUAUAAGAGUUCCCCUCUUUUUUUUUCUUGUUGGAACUUUUGGUUUCAUUUUUGUUUUUUUUUUUAUAAAAAAAAAAAGUGUAACGAGGUUUAAGUAUUAUGUCUUUGUUAAAAUGAGUUUAAUUUUGUCGCAUCUUUUUUUUUUUUCCUUAACAGUCAUAUACACAAUUAUUAUUCUUUCAUUACUAUUUAAGUUUGCUCAAUUAUAAUGUAAAUAUGUGUUUCUCGCUAAUCGUUAUAUUUUCCGUCAA